CUUGAACAAAGAUAAAUGAUUCCACGCAAGUAGAUGAUAUAAAGUGCUGCUGCUAAGUUUCUUCGCAAUCACGUGCAAAUCCCUCUCGACCAUCAUUUCGACACCAUGUCAGUAGACGCUAGAGUCUAUUAUCAUACGACAGCCAAUGGCUCACACAUCUUUAUUGAGGAGUGCGGUAAUGGGCCACUCAUGGUCUUGAUGCAUGGUCUUGGAGGAACGACAAACGCAUUUCAGCCGCUUGUCAACCAUUUCGCUUCACGCUUCACCAUGUUACGCUUCGACUUGCCUGGCUCCGGAUUCAGUACGUUCAAAACACCUCCAUCUAUUCCGCGAUUCGUUGAAGACUUAAAGUCUAUCCUUAAGUCAAGGGGUACUGACGAAGAGCCAAUUCUGAUCGGACAUUCUCUUGGAAGCAUCCUUGCCAUGCACUACGCAACACAAUAUCCUGUAAAAGGACUUAUCCUGAUCGGCGCCGGAAGAUCUGCUGUGCACAUCCCCGCUGCAGUAGCUCAUAUGACCGGUCUUGCUGUCAAAGCACGAGAAGGAAUUCCGGGAAUCAGAGAUUCGACGGUCGCCAACAAUGUAGCACCUAGCUCUUCGGAUCUUGUCAGAACGGUGGUUCGACAGAUGAUUAGUUCGCAAGACCCCCUUGGCUAUGCCGCGACAUGCGAAGCGCUCUGUGCAAAGUCCCAUGUUGAUCCGGAUUAUUCGAAGAUAAAGUGUCCAACCAUGCUCAUUGCUGGUGAUCAGGACAAGAUCUCGCCGCUUUCAAGAUCAGAGGAUCUGCAAAAACUGAUUGGUGGAGAGGACAACAAGGUUGCGUUAAAGGUUGUUCACUCUGGACACCAACAUGUCCUCGAGAAUACAGAAGGAGUUGUGGAGGCGAUUGAGUCUCUGGCGGGGUCGUUAAGUAGAUAA